GGGAUUUUUCCAUAAACCGUUUAUGAUUUUAUCGCCUAUAUCCACUACUUUACGGACGCGCUGUAUAUAAAUGUCAAAAAAUUCAAGUCAAAAAAAAGUCAUUUAACAUUCUUUUUCGCUAAGAUAAAAAUUUUAGUAAAGCUUAAAGCUUCGCAACAAAUAUAAUGGAAUAAACAAGUAAAAUUAUAAACUUUACCCAACAAAAAUCUGAAAUAACCAUAUUUUAAUUCCACCCAAAGAGAUGUUCUUAAAACAUCUAACCAAAACGAUACAAUGUAAAAUAAGAAUGUUUAUUACAAAAAGUGGGCCAACAUGCCUCGAUCCAAUUAAACUUUUCGAUCAAUGGUUCACUGAGUCACGGAAUUUUUGUGACCCUCGUGAUAUGAUUUUAACCGCAAUUUUAAAGGAUGGAUCUUUUAUACUGCAACCUUUACAGUGUCAAAGUUAUUCAAACGCAGGAUUUAAAUAUUACUUACUUGAGAGACCAGAGUUUAGGAAAAAUAAAUAUGCCGCAUUAACGUUUAUUUGGCCUGCAAAAAGAAUGGUUCGAAUAGAGGGAAUCACUAACGGUCUACCGAAACAUGAAAUACAACAAUUCUUCUUUAAUAAAAUCCCUUAUGAUGAACAAAUAACCAUGUUUUGCUUUUGUAAUUUGAAAUCUAUUAAAAACAAAGAAGACCUAAUAGAACAAAUUGAUGAAACCAAGAGGAAAUAUGAAAAAGGAAAAGUCCCGAUGCCUCCUUAUUUUUCUGGGCAUUUAUUGGAACCAAAGAAUAUAGAAUUUUAUGAACAUACCGGGGAUACUUAUCAAAAAAGGUUAAAAUUUCUAAAGAAAGAAGAAAAACCUGAAGAAAAGAAUCAAUUGUUGUUUGAGGGCGAAAAUGGUUGGAACUAUCAAAUUUUGUCUCCAUAAAUUUACCACAUAUAUUGAAAAUAAAGUAAUUAACUCAA